AUAAAAAAAUGACGAUUGUCUAAUAUCAAAAUAUUAUCAACUUUAGAAUACCUAACAUAUUAUAGUUAUCGAGGGACUUUGACCGUACGAAACUUGUGACUCUGCUCAGUUUGUUGUAGUAGUGACAAUGGAGCAGUUACGAUUUGACGGUCGCGUUGCCGUAGUUACCGGAGCUGGUGGUGGGCUCGGGAAAGCCUACGCCCUACUCUUGGGUUUAAGAGGGGCUAAAGUUGUAGUCAAUGAUCUAGGCAGUGCCAGAGACGGAAUUGGCAAGUCAAAUUUUGCAGAUGAUGUCGUAAAGGAAAUAAAAGCCAAAGGCGGAGAGGCAGUAGCAGAUUACAAUUCUGUAGUGGAGGGUGAAAAAAUUAUUAAAACAGCACUAGAUAACUAUGGACGCAUUGACAUCCUCAUUAAUAAUGCUGGAAUUCUCCGUGAUAGAAGUUUCCAGAAAAUGUCAGAACAGGAUUGGGACUUAGUUCAUGCUGUACAUUUGAAAGGAGCAUACAAAACCACACAAGCGGCAUGGGACGCAUUCAAGAAACAGAAGUUUGGCCGUGUUGUCAUGACAUCGAGCAAUGCUGGGCUUAUGGGCAAUUUUGGACAGUCCAACUACAGCGCGGCAAAAAUGGGCUUGGUAGGGUUAGCAAGUACAUUGGCGAUCGAAGGUGCGAAAUACAACAUCAAAGUAAACACAAUUAUACCGACAGCAGCCUCACGCCUUACCGAAGACAUUUUACCACCAGACAUGUUCCAAGCUAUGAAGCCAGAACUCAUUGCUCCAGUUGUGGCAUACAUGGUGCACGAAUCAUUUGAGGACAAUGGUGUUAUAAUUGACUCAACCCUAGGUUUUGCUCACAAAGCACACCUUGUUAGAUCACAGGGUGUUCCACUAAGGAACAAGCCAGCUGAUCCAGUAACGAUUGAAUCUGUUAGGGAGAAAUGGGCUGAAGUUGUGAAUAUGAAUGGCGCUAGAAGGAUCGACAAAAUUGCAGAAGUCACUCUGGAUCUCGUGCAAGGCUUGCAGGACUUCGAAGAUCGUACUAAAAUGGACAGUGUUCAUCCUUCAUAUUGGACGACAUACAACUACAAUUCAAAGGACCUUGUAUGCUACGCGUUAGGAGUUGGAGCAUCAGUUGUGAACCCGUCAGACCUAAAGUUCCUAUACGAGAGUCACGAGCAGUUCACAGCUCUGCCCACAUUCUUCAUCCUACCUGGGAUGUGCAUGGAAUCACCCGUCGUGGGCAAUGCCAUGCCUAAAGGGAAAUAUGCUGAUUUUACUAAUAUACUUCACGGUGAGCAGUACGUGGAGUUUUUCGGUGAUUUCCCGGGGACAGAGGGAAACUUCACCACCAGAAACUAUGUGGUCGACGUUUUGGAUAAGGGCUCCAGUGCCAUCGCCCUUGUUAACAGUGAAGUGUACCAAGACAAAGAGCUGGUAGUUCGCACCCAGCAGCACAUUUUCGUUGUCGGUCAGGGAGGCUUCAACGGUCCACGAAGCAGUGAUAAGGCGGUAGGUGUACUCCCACCCCCGAAGAGGUCUCCUGAUGCUGUAUUGGAACAGCGCACAGCUGAGGAUCAAGCUGCGUUAUAUAGGUUAUCCGGAGACUUGAACCCACUUCAUAUUGAUCCCAAUGUUGCUUCAGCAAGUGGUCACCCCAAACCCAUCUUGCAUGGAUUGGCCUCUCUCGGCUUCUCAGUCAGACAUGUUAUUGCCAAAUAUGCAGGCAGUGAAUCCAAGAAUGUGAAGGCCAUAAAGGCUCGGUUUGCAAAGCCAGUGCUUCCAGGACAAACACUGGUCACAGAGAUGUGGUUGGAAGGUACUCGUGUACACUUCCAGACUAAGGUUAAAGAGACCGGAAACAUAGUUAUAGCUGGUGCAUAUGUGGACUUGAAGACUGUUGUCAAAGAUGGAGCAAGCCCAGCUCCAGUGCAGCAAUCAACGUCAUCUGUAGACUUGAAGAGUGACUCAUUAUUUGCCAAAAUCCAGCAAGGGAUCAAGGAGAAUCCAGACAAAGCCAAGAGUGUUGGCGCUGUAUACUUGUACAAUAUUACAAGUAAUGGCAAAACGGUUAAACAAUGGACUUUGGACUUAAAAACGGCCAUUGGUGUAUACCAGGGUGAACCCAAGAGUGGUAAAGCAGAUACAACAUUGACAGUAUCUGAUGAUGACAUGAUUGAAAUUGCUGCAGGAACAUUAAGUCCACAAGUUGCUUAUUUGAAGGGGAAAAUUAAGAUUUCUGGCAAUAUUAUGCUCGCUCAAAAACUAGGACCCCUACUUAAGUCUGGUGCUAAAUUGUAAAUGAGGUUAAUUUUAUACAAAGGGAAUAUGUUAUUUAUAAGGAAAUGUUAUUUUAUAAUGUUAUGUUUACAAUCAUUCCAAUUUAAGGUGAGGGAAUAAAAUUUUAUGCUUUUUAAA